UAUUACUCUGCUGGUAUAAAAGACAAGUGAGGACUUUAUUAACUGUAGUUACUGAGAAAUCACAAGGCAAAGCCAAAAUCCCUCUUCAGAUCCACGGUCAACUGCCCUGAUCACAUCCUGCAAAAAGUCCGGAGGAAGGAGAGCCAUGGAUUACUACAGAAAAUAUGCAGCUGUCAUUCUGGCCAUACUCUCUGUGUUUCUGCAUAUUCUCCAUUCUUUUCCUGAUGGAGAGUUUACAAUGCAGGGGUGCCCAGAAUGCAAGCUAAAGGAAAACAAAUACUUCUCCAAGUUGGGUGCCCCAAUUUAUCAAUGCAUGGGCUGCUGCUUCUCCAGAGCAUACCCCACUCCAGCAAGGUCCAAGAAGACAAUGUUGGUCCCAAAGAACAUCACCUCAGAAGCCACAUGCUGUGUGGCCAAAGCCUUUACCAAGGCCACGGUAAUGGGAAAUGCCAAAGUGGAGAAUCACACAGAGUGCCACUGCAGUACUUGUUAUUAUCACAAAUCUUAAAUAUUUUGCAAAGUGCGUGUUGAUGACGGCUGAUUUCCUGGAAUGAAAAAUUAAUUUUUUCAGCGUUUAUGGCCUUGUGAGAUAAA